AUGCUCUUUUUGGCUCAGUCCCGUCGUUCUUUCCUGCCUUACCGUCAUAAAGACGAGCUCGGCGACUCUGUGACUGGCCUUCGACCGGUUUACUUCCCGGCGGAGAACGUAUGGGACGACCAAACGUGUGGCAGUAACAAGUGCACCCUUGUACCCUCUGUAGCCCAGGCAUUCAAUGCGACAUAUACUGCGGGGACACACCGCCCCACGAUGGGCACAAUGGGAAUCAGCAUGCAGUUUACUGGAACUGCGAUUUAUGUAUUUUUUAUUCUUGCAAAUUCCCACCUGUCAGAUGGCACCGAAACUCUUACCAGCGCGAACUUCACUGUUGAUGGCGAGGCUCCAGUAUUCUUCACAAGUACACCUGGUCUAUCAGCUGCUGAAUUCCAAUACAAUGCGUUGGUUCUUUCUCAAACCAACCUCUCGAAUACUCUCCAUACACUAAACAUCACUACCACGGGUCCUGUAACCCUAUACGUCAACUUCGAUUACGCAAUCUACACGUAA